GAGCUGAGGGCAGGCUGGCUCACAAGCUGUUUCGUGACCUCUUUGCCAACUAUACAAGUGCCCUGCGACCUGUGGCAGACACAGACCAGACUCUGAAUGUGACCAUGGAGGUGACACUGUCCCAGAUCAUUGACAUGGUGCGUUGUGGUAGUGUGCCUAUAACACUGUCAAGGAAUAAGGGGAUGAGCGGAAUCAGGUGCUGACCCUGUACCUGUGGAUCCGACAGGAGUGGACAGACGCCUACCUGCGAUGGAACCCAGAUGCUUAUGGUGGCCUGGAUGCCAUCCGCAUCCCCAGCAGCCUUGUGUGGCGGCCAGACAUCGUCCUAUAUAACAAGGCGGACGCGCAACCGCAAGCGUCGGCCAGCACCAACGUGGUUCUGAAGCACGACGGAGCGGUGCUCUGGGACGCGCCAGCCAUCACGCGCAGCUCCUGCCGGGUGGACGUGUCGGCCUUCCCGUUCGACGCGCAGCGCUGCGGCCUGACGUUCGGCUCGUGGACUCACGGCGGGCACCAGCUGGACGUGCGACCGCGCGGCGCCACCGCGAGCCUGGCCGACUUCGUGGACAACGUGGAGUGGCGCGUGCUGGGCAUGCCUGCGCGGCGGCGCGUGCUCACCUACGGCUGCUGCUCUGAGCCCUACCCGGACGUGACCUUCACGCUCCUGCUGCGCCGUCGCGCUGCCGCCUACGUGUGCAACCUGCUGCUGCCCUGCGUGCUCAUCUCGCUGCUCGCGCCGCUUGCCUUUCACCUGCCCGCCGACUCGGGAGAGAAGGUGUCGCUCGGCGUCACCGUGCUGCUGGCGCUCACCGUCUUCCAGCUGCUGCUGGCAGAGAGCAUGCCCCCGGCCGAGAGUGUACCGCUAAUCGGGAAGUACUAUAUGGCCACUAUGACCAUGGUCACAUUCUCCACGGCGCUCACCAUCCUCAUCAUGAAUCUGCAUUACUGUGGCCCCAGUGCCCGCCCAGUGCCAGCUUGGGCUCGGACCCUCCUGCUGGGACGCCUGGCACGGGGCCUGUGUGUGCGGGAACGGGGGGAGCCCUGUGGGCAAUUCAGGCCACCUGAGUCACCCCCCAGUCCCCAGCCUCCUGAGGAAGGGGCCGGCCCUCUAGCAGGCCCUUGCCAUGAGCUGCGGUGUCUGUGCCACCAGGAAGCCCUACUGCACCAUGUAGCCACCAUUGCCAACACCUUCCGCAGCCACCAGGCUGCCCAGCGCCGCCAUGAGGACUGGAAACGCCUGGCCCGUGUGAUGGACCGCUUCUUCCUGGGCAUCUUCUUCUCCAUGGCCUUGGUCAUGAGCCUCCUGGUACUGGUGCAAGCCCUGUGAGGAUCUGCGGCUGGGACCCAGGGAUUUCCUGCAGCCAUAGCACCUCCAUACAGGGA